GUUGGCUGCGGAGGGGGCCACACGUUCGCUCCUCGCCGAAAUGGCUCGCCCGCGACGGGGUUAGCCUGGCUGCAGGACAGCGAGCUUCGGCCUUCGGCGUGCGUGUGUGGUGCGUGUCACCGCGUCGGCACGCGGCUGCUCGAGUGUUCCGCGCUCCGACCCGGACAGCGGCGUGUGGUACCCCUGGAUUUGAAGCCACCCGCCAACGCUGUGGAUACACUUUGUGCUAGUGUGUGCGUGAUUGUGUGUGUGUCCGAGGCCGUUAGCGCCAGCCUGCAAGUGGCAGUGUCGUGUGACAGUGUACUGGAGUGGUGGCCGACCACGUGACAACAGUGAGAGUGAGCCCAAGUUUAAUUUCGGCCUUUUAAAAGCGAGCAGUGUAUUUCUCGGGACUGGCCCACUCCCCGCUUUUACCUGAGUUGAGCUGGGAGGGUGGGUGCCCGCCACAGUGUGCCACAGUGCAUCUCGUUCUCAAAACAUCAUAAUCCGCGCCAGCUGGGCCGCUUGGCUGCUCGGCCGCUUCGGCAAGUCCACCGAAAUAGCCCGCCGUCCACUGCAGUCCACGGCGCAGUGUGCCUGGCCGUGCCUGGCCGCGCUGUGCACCCCCUGCGAAGGGAUAAACAUAGACGGUGCUAUGCCCGCCGUCGCUGCGCCCGCCGCGCCCGCCAGCACCGCGACGUGAGCUCCUUGCCAGUGUGGGUGAUGGGCGCCAACAUGGGCAAGAACUCGUCGCUCCUGGACGCGCUGCCGUCCACGCAGGGCACCCUGCACGUAGUCAUGCUGGGGCUGGACUCGGCCGGCAAGACGACGGCCCUGUACCGCCUCAAGUUCGACCAGUACCUCAACACGGUGCCCACCAUCGGCUUCAACUGCGAGAAGGUGCGCUGCCAGUCCGGCAAGGCCAAGGGGAUCAACUUCUUGGUGUGGGACGUCGGCGGCCAGGAGAAGCUGCGGCCGCUGUGGAAGUCGUACACGCGCUGCACCGACGGCAUCGUCUUCGUCCUGGACAGCGUCGACGUGGAGCGCAUGGAGGAGGCCAAGAUGGAGCUCGUCAGAACCGCAAAGUCCCCGGACAACGCGGGCGUGCCCAUCCUGGUGCUGGCCAACAAGCAGGACCUGCCCGGCGCGCGCGAGCCGCGUGAACUGGAGCGCCUGCUGGGGCUGCACGAGCUGGGCCUGAGCCAGAGCACCGUGUCUGCGGGCCAGACGCACAUGUGGCACGUGCAGCCCGCCUGCGCCAUCACCGGCGACGGCCUGCACGAGGGCAUGGAGGUCCUCUACGAGAUGAUCGUCAAGCGGCGCAAGAUGGCCAAGCAGAACAAGAAGAAGCCCACCGUGGCCAGGUAGCACAGCGCCUCGGCGGCGUCCGUGGCAGCGUCCGCGGCGUCGGCCGUCUCGGCGGGCGCGUCCGCCGCGGUGUGCUGCGUGUCCGCGCCGCGCGAGAGCUCCGGCAAGGACUCCGGCAAGGACCCGCUGCUGUAGCAAUCUAGUCGACUGCGAUCGAGUCGCCGGGGCCGCCUGGACUCGGGGACGUUGACGGGGACGUGCCGAGCACGCCGUCGACGCCCCAGCGGCGCUCCGCGGCGUCGAGAAGUGUGCACUCAGAUCUGUUGAGAACCUACUCCGUGUUUUGCUUCGAUCCCUGUUUCGAUCGGGCAGCUUUCUGGCUUAAACCGACUGAGAGACCCUCCCAGAGGCCUGUUUCUAGUUUCUGUGAUGUCACAUUCGCGAAUGUGUUUUUCUUCCUGUUUUUUGUCAGUGUCUAAAAAUGAAUGUUAUAUGGCCCAACUUUGUGAAUGAUAUUUGUUAGAUUUAUCCUGAUUGGUUACGGCCCUCUCAGCCGGGGACAACUGUACACCCUUUUUGCGACUUUCGCGCGGGUUUCGUCCUUCUGUUUUUUCUUUUCUUAUUCCGGACAAAGGUUUGAGUUCAAUCGGGAAAGCUGUACGCCCAUUUAGGGAUAUAUGUCAACCAAAGACUGAUUAACAAGUAAUGCAGAGAAAUGAACGAAAGGGGUCUAUCCGUUUAGGGGCCUAGAGUUGUCCCCGAAUGACAGACUGGUCAACUUGUUUUGUAACUUUCGUGUUCUUAAAAUUUGUAAAUACAAAUAAGAUUUUAAUGUAUUAAUGUAUUUAGUGUACAUUUUGAAAAGUUUAUACGUGCACAGCCAAAGAGAAUAUUGUUAUGCGUGAACCCGCUGUGUAUAGCCCGUAAUGAAAGAAGGUUCCCAUUGUUAUGAAAAUGAUUAGAAACAUAUCUUUCUAAGCGAGGAAUAAUUUCCUGCAGUUCUCCAUUUUUUGCUCUCUCACAUUUUUCAUUUUUAUACCUUACCGUUGUAUGUUGUUUUUCUGGCACUUCACCCAUUGUUGUGACACUGUAGGCGACGUGAUUUUGAUGCAACAACCAUUCUUUUCCGGCCAUGGCAGGGAGUAACUCACUCUCUUUUGAAUGUUCGCUUGCACAGAAGGAAAACCGUCUUGUUAUAAAGAAUUCUCAGCACCCUGUUAAGUUUCCCGUCAUAAAUCGACGUCAUGUGAAUUGAUUUUGAAUGUCGACGUAUAAAGUAAAAGUGUCGCCUAGAAUUUAAAUUUGACGGUUUGAAUUAUUUUUGUAAAUGAAUUGAAUUAUCAUUGUGAGGGUUGAUUUGUUAGUGCCAUGCUCCUUAGUCUGAGGCUUAGAUCCAAAGGGUCCAAAAUAUUCAGAAAAAGAAAACAAACAUUUUUUUGGCAUUAAAUGAUCCCCUAGUCAAAUGGUGCUACUUGCAUAUCGGAAUCGGGCCGAUUUCUCUGGAGAGCGUGACACUGGUCUUCACAGACUCGAGUCGGUCUUCCCAUUUAGCUAAUGUGAUCCUCUCUCAUAACUGUCGUGUGCUUGUUUGUAAUAUUUUUUUGAGAAUAAAAAAAAACCGCUGUGUUCUAGAUUUUUUUAAAGUAUAAAUGUUCGUGAUUGCACGAGAAAAGACAUUGUAAAUAUUAUAAAUACAAUAAAUUGGGCCCGGCCCUCUUAAGCAAAGC